AAUGAUGUAAGCGGGAGGUGAUUUGUUGGGCAAGCGGACGCUAUAUUCGUGUUUAGUGACAAUGAGCGUCUUAGAGAUAUUGACGAUAACAAGUAACAUUUUGCUUAAAUAAGGUUAUUUUUUUAAUAAUUUAUUAGCGUCUUGCUUGGUUAUAACGUUGCAGUUUGAUGAGAGAGUAAGACAUGGUCGAAGAAUUCAAGCAUGCCUACCUUCGUUUAAGCAAGGAACAUGGACUCGAAGCACAAGAAUGUGUUGUGAACUUGCUGAAAAGUCCUUACCUUUGCAGCCUCCAGCAGUCUUCCAAGAAGGAAAAGUUGGUCCUUAACCUCUCCACUAACAGCCUGACCAGCAAGACGUGUGCAGUCCUCGGCAAGAUCAUAGCGGCUGAUCAUGGCUUUGUAGAGUACAAGUUUGCAGACUGCAUGCUCAGUGAAGAUGCUGUUAAAGGUUUAACCCAUGGGUUCUCAAGAAACACCUAUGUGAGAAAGUUGGACCUAAAGGGCAACAAUAUAAGGGGUCCUGCAGCUGAAGCCCUGGGUAAAAUGUUGAGGCACAACAAAACCAUACUGAGCCUGUGUUUGGAGUGGAACGCCCUGGGUAUGCUAGACAAUGCGUUCACAAUCUUCUGUGAGGGCGUGGCAUCCAAUCAGACGCUGCAGGCCCUCGACCUUCGUAACAACCAGAUCAGCCACGACUCGGCCGCCGAGCUGGGCCGGGCGCUCAAGCAGAACUCGAGCAUCAGGGCACUCGAUCUUCGCUGGAACAAUGUUGGACUGUUAGGGGGCAGAGCCCUCAUUGAGAUGUUACAGACAAACAAAACACUGACCCGCAUUGAGUUGGCCGGUAACAACAUUCCCGCAGAUAUACUCACGUCUAUAGAGACGGCGUUGAGUCAGAACCAGGACCGAGCUCUGAUCACCGAGGACCACAAGAAGAAGACUUCCCUGCUUUCCAAGCACCUGCAGCACCUGGAGCAGGAGAAGGCCGUACAGAUGGAUGAGCUGAUGGGAACCAUAGACCAGCAGGAAGAGCUCCUGAGGAAUACCAAGAGGUCGUCCAAUGAUAAGAUUGGCCAGCUUCAGGUAGCGUUAGGGGAGAGAAAGGCUGCAUUCAACUCUCUUGCUUCCAAACUUGCGAUGACUGAGUCAGAACUGGCGCUGGCGGAACAAAAGUGUAACGACUACAGCGUGAUCAUCACUCGACUGAAACAUGAACUUUCCGACUCUUCUUCUGUCCAUCAGGGCGACAUACGCAGGGAGAGAGAGGAUCGAGCAAACACAGAAAUGAAGCUGCUUAAAGAACUCUCAGAGGCCAAUGAGAGAAACAUAAGCUUUGAAACAAAGGUGGAGGACUUGGAGCGUAAAUGUCGUCAGCAGACGGAGCAGAUGUUCGCCUUCAAGGAGCAGACGACGUCCCUGCAGGCCGAGAUCAAGGUGAAAGGAUCACAGUAUGAAGAACGCUUACAGAGUGAAAGAAGUAGAAACAAGGAUGCCCUGCAUGAAGCAGAACAGAUUAGACAGAAGGAGAUUGCGAGGCUGAAAUCCGAGGCAGAGGAGACAGAGAAGGUUCUAAGGGAAAGAAUCCAGCGUCUAGAGUUGUCUCGUCUACAGCUAGAGGAGGAGUUAUCCCUCAUGAAGACGAUGAGUAUGACAGAUCGACUGCAGGCUGAGGAGAACGUGAACAUCGCACGACAGAAAGUAAAACUUGAGGAGGAGAGUCGUUUCAAGGCUCUGGAAGAGAAGUUACGGUUGGCUCAGAUCUCCAAGGAUGAGCUACAGAGUCGUCACAACCAGCAGCAGUCGCACAUCACCGAACUCUCGUCUAAAAAUAGCUCUCUCACGCUGGAGGUUGAGACGUACAAACGCAGGAUAGAGGAGCUUAGUGAGGAGGUGAACAAGAAGAACAUGUACACGAUGCAGGAGGUGGGAAAGGUGAAGAUUGAUCUGCAGUCUGUACAGACCAAACUGGACAGCGAGAAGUCUGUACAGAAGGAGCUCAGAGACAAACUGGCAGAGGCGGACACUAAACUCUCUGAGCAGCUGAUGAAGCACCGUGAGCUUCUGGACAGCAAGGAGAGGGAGAUCUCCCACCUGGCUGAGAGGUUGCGCGCACGGGAGGGGGAGCUAGCCCGGGCACGCGAGGAAGAGAUACAGCGGGCGCAGAUCUUGCAGAACGCAGUCAUGACAUACGUGAGCAAGGUUCCGGGCAGCCCCAGUAGAUGAGAGCAAACUGAUGGGGCGAUGGGCUGUGGUGUAUUGGGUGAUAAACAAUUGCAAAAAGAAGUUUAUUUGCUGAUAUACAAUGAUGAAACGCUACAGAGUGAUGAACAACAUAGUGUGGGAAGUUUUUAAUCGAAAUUUAUCGGUUUUGUAAUCAUUAAGUGGACAGGUUUUUACUUAGCUUUACUAGCUUCACACUGCAUGAUAUAUAUUUACGCAAAAAUGAUGAGAUAAGUUUACAUCCAUACAUGAUUGAUGCCCAAAUCAUGUGCUCUAUCCAAUCAUUUAUUGAAUUUAAAAAUCAUUUGGUGUGUGCCUGAAUGUGCAGAAUGAUCCAAUCCCACAGCAAACAAAAUAUUCCAACAAAACUUAGCGUCCAUGAAGUAUUUGUGUCAACUAUAUUUGUAUCGUGUCAACUAUAUUUGUAUCCACUAUAUGUUCUUUCUUGUUGUAUAAUCAUUUUAUUGCGCUGCAGAAAGUUUUAGAUUACUUCAUGUUUUAUCAACUCUUUGAAAUGUGUAUCUGAAGCAGUCUAACUGCAAAUAUGUCAAUUGAUCUUAUAUGGAUAAAGCUGCGGUUCUGUCAUUUUGCCUUAAAAACAAUUAUUUACCCUUUUACAAAAAGUUUAUUCCUCUAUAACUCACAGAAAAUUUUCACCAAACAAUAUCCUUUCUUUGACAAUUAUGAUUGAUGUUUUGUAGUUCUUUAGAGAAAAUGUGAUUAUCUGGUUGAUGUAAUUACGUGUAUUUAGAAUGUUGGCUUUGCCUGACUCACAUAAUCACAUUUUAACUGUAGUUGAAAUUUUAAUUCAUGUGCUGUUUGUUUAAACAUGCGAGGGAAAUCCCUAAAUUGCUUGCCAUUAUGACUUAAAGAUGCAUCAGUUUCCGUGUUAACAGUGUGUGAUUGCCAGGAGGCCAUGAUUAUGCUUACAUCUGCAUUAGUUGUACAAGCAUACAGUCUCAGUUUGAUCUGUGAUAAUUUUACAUAUUAACUUAUUUGUAUUUUUAGCCGGUUUUCAAUUCAACGCCAACAACGCUUUGUGUUGUACUUUAUUGUUUUAUUGUAAAAUGUCAUAUAUAGUAUAUGAAAUAUUGUUACAUGUAAUUUUCUGUACAAUGAAUAGGUAUUUCUUUCAGCAAAAUCAGCAUAGCUUAAAUAUGCAUUAGACAUGUAGCACUAUUUUAAAUAAAAAAUAAAAUUAUUUAAUAGAUAUA